UUUAUGUCAGGUUAAUGAGGGGGAACAGUGUUACUGUAAAAAUGAAACCCUUCCAAUGAUCAGGCAAAUACUAUUGCCAUAGUUGGCGAACUAUUGUAUGUUAAGCCAACAGCGUGUGGGCUGUUUUUAUUGAAGUAAUUGAAUGUCAGAAGAAAAUGUUGGUUGUAAACAUUUAUUCAAUAGCAAAAACAACUGAACUUCACUGAUAAUCAAUAGAAAAGGAAACACCUACAUUUCACUACUAAAGUGCAAUUGUGUCUUUGAAAUGACCAGUGAACCCACUACUGUAAUAUUUUAAAUGUUUGACCAGUUAUAUGCUCAAGGUCCGUGAACAUAUCCCGAGUGUAUGAACUUCCCGACAGUCCUUGAACGUAGCGCGCAUUAGCAAUCUGGUCACAUUAGCAGCACUUUGAGACGCUUUACCCAUGGCCCGUACAAUAACCUAGAGUAGAAAGAGGCGUCGGUUGUCCAACACCAGCACGAAUGGACAUCGCGGAGCACGUUUUAUCGGCGGGCAGAGCCGUGCUGGACAUGGUGGAGCGGGAGUGGCAGCCUCUCUCUGCGGACGAGCUGGACCAGCGGCUGGACCAGGCGGUGGAGGAGAUCCUGGAGUCUGACCUGAUGGCCAAACUGAGUCGGCCCCCUCCUACUAACACCGUGUACAACGUCAUACAGAUAGUGCAGAGUCAAGCAAACGUGGGGGCUCGGGUCCUACACACGGGAACCACAACAGCCAAUCUCUCAGAGGAACACGUGGAGUCCGUGGACAGUGCAGUCAAGUGCAUCACAGACUUGCUCCAGAGCUCUAAAUCCAGGACCCGCAUGGCUGGACGAGCUCGCUUGUCCCUGUCCCAGACUGUCGUGCUGUCCCUCACGCUGCUCUCUGAGCGGGUGAGCUACCGAUCUGUGUCCCGCCGCUUCCGCCUGGAGAAAGGAAACAUCCACAGGAUCUUCUUCUCUUUCUGCGAGCGCAUCAACAUGCUGAAGGAGAAGCACAUCCGAUGGCCUGUUGGCGGAGAGGCUGUAGAGGCCCUGGUUCCACUGUACAGUGUGGAGAAGAGGGAGGAAGACGAGGAGCGACGUCUUCCUCAGGUCCUGGGGGUGUUGGGGCAUACUCAUAUUCCCAUACGCCUGCCGAUAGGGAAGCAUGAUGCGGAGAGCAGAGUUCCUGAGGUGAAGAAGAUGAAGAAGGACUCCCACCCUGACUCCUGGUUGCAUCUUGAGCUCGUUUGUGAUCGUACGGGACGGUUUCUGCACUGCAGGAUCAGCAAGAGCCCGGACUCGGACAGAGGCGGUGCCCUGAGCGACAGGCUCCGGCAGCAUCCGGAGCUGAUGCCUUCAGGCUCCUGCCUUGUGGCCAGAGCUGGCUACCCACUCACUGCUCAGAUUUUAACCCCGUACACAAGGACUCAUGGACUGAGAGAGGAGCUCUUUAACAAGGCGCUGGAGGAGCAUUUUCACAUCCUGGAGCAGGCUGUGGCCAACCUGAAAGCCAGAUUUCAAAGGCUGGCGUAUCUCGAUAUUGGAAAUUAUGAACGGGCCAGCGCUGUGGUGCUGACCGCCUGUGUGCUGCACAAUGUGUUUCUGGACAUGGGACACGUUGUUCAAGGACACGCUGAGAAAGAGGAAGCAGUGACUCAAGAGGGAGAGGUGGAGGAAGGGGUUUUUUCUAGACGCGACGCCGUCUCAGAUUUGCUGUUUGAAUCUGUAAAUGCCUGAUGUCGAACACAGAACUGUAAAUAAACAGGAUUGUAGGAUAAAAGUUCCGAUUCAGAUUAGCAAUGAGAGUUUUUACAAGCCCUUUUUCAAUUAUUUAAUGUUGGGAGAUGAACAGUUUGUUGAUUAAAGACAUUCAUGCCACUCUUA